AUGGCAAUGGCCCCCCAUAGUCCUGCACUUUCGACAUGCGUAACGAUUGGGAGGCGCUAUGCCUUCGCAAAGAGGAGGAUCACUCCGAGAAAGCCGCCGCCGCCACCGCCGCUUAAUUGCAAGGUCGUGCCGCUGCCGCGGAUCACAAGAUCCAUACACGGCAGAGCUGACAUCCCCACAAGCCCGGUUGGAAUUUUUAAAAUGUCCUUAGGCCGCUUCGGUUUACUUCCGCCGGAGCUUAUCCGCCAAAUUUGCUACAAUCUGACCCUCGACGAUAUCCUCAUUUUUCAGAAAUGCCAUCAUUUUCUGGAAGUGAUGAUCGAUAACGUGUUCUUUGCUGACAUGAAAGUGAUGCGAGCGAACUGCGAUGCUGAAGGCAACACUGUUUCCGUUUCCGCUUCUUCCUCAUCCACUUGCUUCUCUACAUCGUCGAACUGGAAAGAAGUUAUGUACAAAUCGAGCAGAAUCAACAAGUUGUUUAUUAAAAGAACGGAGGAUGCGAAGGAUAGCUAUCUAUUGGAUAUUAUCGAGAGAUCAGAAUUCUACCUGCUCGAACUGGAAAUUCACCUCCUACCCGGUCUACAAAGCAAUCAACACUCUAAAAAUAAUAUUUAUCCGAGAUUAACCGAGUUCUUAACGUCAUGCGGUCAAAAUCUCACUCGUUUCCGUCUCGAAGUAGGCGAAUCCAAUUCGAUCGAAUACCUCCAUUAUGGGGCAAAUGCCACUUUGAUCUACUCUCAAGACAAAGACUCUCUGUUUCAACAACAACUCGUCAUUCCUUUGUUCCAGGCGUUGAAUGAAGGUCGCCCUUGUCCAUCAAUGUUAACGCUUCGAGUGGAAUGGCGUGAAAAACCAGUGAUAGCAUUGCAAACCGCUUUUCACGCUGCUUUGCCGAGAAGUCAACGAUGCAUGCUGCAGGUUCUUAAACUGGAUUUUGGCUCCAACGUGUCCACACUUUCUCGUGAAGAGAUCCAACAGAUUCUCGCCCAAUAUGCUCCGUACCUAAACGAAACACGACGGUUGCAGCACCUCAUCCUUGAUCUGAGCCGAAGCCAGCUUCUAGCAUCCGAACUCGAAAUGCUUUACUCGAUCAUCUCACGAGAAUUACAGCAAACUCAUCGCAUCUCUCUGUACACCUCGGAAUACCUCCCAAAAACGAAUGUAGUUCGGAAACAAAUGCACACGAACAGAAUAGUGUGCUCUUGA